AAAAGACGUCAUGGACCGGAGCUUGUUGUAAAAAAGGUGAACAGUUGAAGUACACGACCCCUUUGCACAAUGUAAAUAGUGCAUUCCCAAACACCAUCCACCAGCCAUGAAUUCAGGACAAUCAAUCAGAACACUGCUGCGACAUGCCACAGCAGCACGUCCAGUUCUUCAGCUGCGGGCUUCUUCUACCCUGACCAACAAUCGUCACAUUUAUGCAUUCAAAGACCCCCAGAACCCAUCUUCCUCUCACAUCCUUUCCUUCCUACCGACAGAACCUCCCACGCCGUCUCUGGCCAUCGGGUCGACAACAAAACUCCCACCGACUCCGGCGUCCUUUACAGAAAACCCGAAAUUCCUCCCCAUCCUCCAAGCUGUCAUGGCCGAAUACGCGCACGCAGACCCCUUUGUACAAUCCCAAGCCGCCGUCAUGAUCUCGUCGUCCGGUGCCAGUUUCCUCCAGGCCUCGCGCAGGCAACAGACGGGCUCGUUCGGCGCAAGCGACCAAGGCGGCUACGGCGGCGCCGGUCGAGGCGGUUGGGUGCACGUCUACGACCAACGACGCGUGCCCGAUUUCGGCCGCAUCCCGGACCCCGAGGACAUCUUCGGCAGUAUCGAGGUCGACGGGAACGGCGAAUUCGUCGACGGCCACGGCAGGUACGAGGCCAGCGGGACGUACCGCGUCGUGACCAACGACGGCAUAUUGGGUCUGUCCGACUUUAUGAGGGAGAGGUUGGUGCAAAGACUAAAACUCCACGAGGCGGCAGAGAGGAAUAAAAAGUGAACGAGAAGCUGAACAACCUUUCUUCCUGGGAAAGAAAAACAUCGGGGCAAGGCGACAGUAAGGCGCGUCUCGCAAUUGAGCCGUGCCACUCCUGCCUACUUACCUAUAUCUUGACCGGCAUCCCUCCUCAUCAGCCGAAGCUCCAUGGAGAAUCGGUCUCUGCCUUGUCUCUCCUGCCGCGUCUGAACGGCACGAAUGUUGGGUCUUGUGGCUUCUCCUUGGAUUCGGAGCUUCACACCUUGGGAAAGUGAAAAAGCCAAACCAUGAUCGCACAGUGUACAUGCUCCUGACCGACGGUCCAUGUGUCUUCCAGGAGAUGUAUUCAAGCACGGACUUCUCCAUUGCACAGCAUUGCAGCGUGGGUACGUUGAGGGAGUAUCUGUCAAGCCGGACAAUCUCCUGCUUGCAAGUCAUGGGACAGACUGAGUUCAACGGCUGUCCUGCUCAGAUGACAGAAGACUAUACCGGGACUCAACAGAGUAGGCCUCCUCCAUGGGACCGAAAAUGUCCCUUGCGAUCACGAUCGAUUGUAGAGAGAAGAAAAGCUGGCUUCAGAGAACCAAGUGUAGUUAUUUAUAAAAGAACCAACUAUCAAAACUUUCGAUGUGC